GAGAGAGAGAGACAGGAGGAGGAGAGAGAGACAGGAGGAGGAGGAGAGACAGGAGGAGAGAGAGAGACAGGAGGAGGAGGAGGAGAGAGAGACAGGAGGAGGAGGAGAGAGACAGGAGGAGAGAUACUCAGGAGGAGGACCGACCCGAAGCCUGGGAUGCAGGUUUCUUGGUGGCUUACACAGUGUGUGUGUGUGUGUGUGUGUGUGUGUGUGUGUGUGUGUGUGUGUGUGUGUGUGUGUGUGUCUGUGUGUGUGUGUGUGUGUGUGUGUGUGUGUGUGUGUGUGUGUGUGUGUGUGUGUGUGUGUGUGUGUGUGUGUGUGUGUGUGUGUGUGUGUGUGUGCGUGCGACCCUAAGCCCUCUUAAGGUGGGAGGUUGGAACAGGUUCUGGGGCGGUCCCUGUUCCCGGUCGCCCUGGCGACGCCCCCCGGGGGGAGGCGGUGGUACGACGGCCCGACUGUGAUUUUGUGGCUCAUGACUGAUGUGUGGGCGGAGAGUGUAUCGCUAUGACGACCUGUCACUCCCCCCGCCUCCGACGUAUAAUCUCACCGGUGUCGUCACGGAGGAUAAAGCCUGUUGUUAUGACCAAAUGAUUGAAGCAUUCUGUGUGAUCUUUUUCCUCUGAUUAAACGGUAUUCAUGAUCCUGCUGGCCUCGUCUAUUCCCACCGCUCUGGGCUCAGUAAAGUUAACCGCUGUCAGUACUGAGCAGAACAAUGGAUGGAAUCAUUUAACAAGUUUAUAUAUAUCUACAAAGUAUAAUAGACAUAUAUAUAUAUAUGUCAUCUCUAUCUCUAUUAAUUCUAUAUAUAUUCCUAUAUAUAUUAAAAUGUAUGUAUCAAGAUUUUUGAUACAUUUUAGUAUUUCAAUAGAAACCUGUUGGUAAUUGUAGGUUCCCUGAACUAUUCCAUCUUGGGUUUUAUAUGUUACACCUUGUUCGAACAGCCAUGUUAGCCCUUUUAUAAUAUUAAGUCAAAAGGUGACCUUAUGUCAUGCAGUCGGUCUGCACGCUUUAGACCGGAGGAUGUUGCUCACCUCUGCGCAUGCGCCGCACCUCACCGACACCGACAGCAGGAAGGAUGGCGGAGGAACGCGGAGACCCGUCCGAGCGCACCGGGGGCUCGGAUCCGAUGGAAGACCCCCUGGAAGACCACCAACACACCACGGUGAUGGUCGUGUCCAGCCUGUCCAGCCGACUGGAGGUCAGUGUCGCCGAGACGGAGAAACGCAACGGGAAGAACGCCAUGAACAUGCAGGAGACCUUCACGGUUUACCUGGUGGAGACACGGCCCGUGGAGCCCCUGGCCGACGGGCGUCAGCUGGCCCCUGACUCGCUGUGGAGGCGCUACAGUGAGUUUGAGAUCCUCAGGAGCUACCUGCUGGUCACCUACCCCGCCGUCGUGGUCUCCCCACUGCCCGAGAAGAGGGCAGAGUUUGUGUGGCACAAGUUGUCGGCGGACAACAUGGACCCCGACUUCGUGGAGCGCCGACGGGUCGGCUUGGAGAACUUCCUCCAGCGAGUGACAUCACAUCCUGUCCUCUCCCACGACAGCCUCCUGUACCAGUUCCUCACCGAGGAGCAGGGCUGGAAGGAGGCGGUGUACGACACCGGGUUCCAGGACAAGGCCGACUCCCGACUGCGGGCCUUGAGCGCCACCUUCAGGGUCAGGAAUCCUGACAGGCGCUUCGUGGAGAUGAAGCACUACAGUGAUGAGCUGCAGUCGCACACGUCUCAGCUGCUCCGCGCACGUGCACGUGUGGCUGACCGUCUAUAUGGUGUCUACAAGGUCCAUGGAAACUACGGCCGAGUCUUCAGUGAGUGGAGUGUCCUAGAGAAACAGAUGGGAGAUGGUCUGCAAAGCGCAGGACAUCACAUGGACGCGUAUGCUGCCUCCAUCGACGACAUUCUGGAGGAGGCCGAACACUAUGGGGACCAGCUGAAGGAGUAUCUGUUCUAUGCUGAGGCUCUACGCGCGGUGUGUAGGAAACACGAGCUGAGCCAGUAUGAGCUGGAGCUGGCCUGCCAGGACCUGCUCUCCAAGAAGCAGCAGAGGGAGGAGCUGGCCACCGGGAGCGUGAGAACCUUCUCCCUGAAGGGGAUGACCAGCAAGCUGUUCGGCCAGGAGGCCCCGGAGCAGAGGGAGGCGCGCCUCCACCUCCUGGAGGAGCAGAUCAGGGAGGGGGAGCAGGCGGUGGAGGAGAGGAGGUCCGAGUGCCAGGUGCACGUGGGCGGGGCUUGGGUGGACGUGCAGCGCUUCCGGCAGCAGAAGGACCGGGACAUCCGGGAGGCUCUGAUUGGCUACGCCCUGAUGCAGAUCAGCAUGUGUAAGAAGGGAGUACAGAUGUGGAGUAACACCAAGGAGUGUUUCCUGAAGAUGUAGCUCUCCGCGGCGGCUUCCGGCUCCUCUAGUUAGCUCUUGGAGCCGUUAGCUCCAGAUAAUAGCAUCUUUUAGCUGACAGUGAUGAAUACUAAGAGAUCGUUAGCCCUUAGCUGUGGAUUAACUAGCAUAUUUAAGCUCCUGAACGAUGGAUGCUAGCAUACGUUAGCUGAUAGCUGUCGGUGUUUCGAGACACAUUAGCUCCAAACACACGCACAAACACGCUAGGAUUUGAGUUGUGCAGUCGAUACGACCCUCAAGGUGGGGAUACUAGCGACUGUUAGCUCUUAGCUGUUGCUAGCUGCAGCCUUUAACUUUAAGAUUGGCUUCCUAUUGCUGUUCUUAAAAUGCAUCUGGGAUAAUAUUUUAUUUUCAUCAUACACUACGACCUUUGACCUGACAUAAAGGAAGCGAUCCCAGAAUGCCAAGGUUACAUAUUGUUUGAUUCUAAAGCACAACCAUUUUAGGAAAGAUAAAACUUAUGGACAUAUGGCAAACAUAUGGAAGAGUAGAACUGCAUAAACAAUGCAUCCAAACACACACAUGCACAGAAAUUGUUUUCUAAAAUGUCAGACAUAUUGUAUAGUUGAAUUUAUUCAUAUCAUUGAAUCAAGUUAAUUGUGUUGCCGUUGCAAACUGACUUUGCCAUGCCAAUUCUGAGAUGAUUAUGAAUUUAUUCUAUUGAAGAAUUUAAUUAAAAAAAUUGCAAUCUUCCGCCAUUCUAUGCAAUUUUGUUUCAUGGUAUUGUUACGUGUUCACAGGAAAAUAAAAGUAAGACGGCCGAUAAAAAGCGACAGUGUUACCAAUUACAUUUUAUUAGGCGACGGACGAUGAAAGCACCAGUCAGUGCGUUUACAUGACCCUCAAGAAAAUCGAAAUUGGGUUAGUCCAACGUUUCCCCUCACGUUUUAAUAGACGCCGAGUCGCCGACCUAUAAAAAGCGGUAUUAUUAUAGUAUUAUCACAUGGUAUUAUUAUAUAAUAGUAUUAUUACAGUAUUAUCACAUUCUAUUAUUAUAUUAUAGUAUGAUUAGUAUUAUUAUAUAUCUGUAUUCUGACUACAUUAAGGCAGCCUUUAGUUGGCUCAGUGGUGUGUGUGUGUGUGUGUGUGUGUGUGUGUGUGUGUGUGUGUGUGUGUGUGUGUGUGUGUGUGUGUGUGUGUGUGUGUGUGUGUGUGUGUGUGUGUGUGUGUGUGUGUGUGUGUGUUGAGAGUGGAUAAGUGUAUGAAUGCAUGUAACUGUAUUUGUUCAGGAGGAGGCGCUGUUGCGCCAAAUAUGUCCUGGAGCCGCGUGUGACUGAUGACACCACUACCUUAUAAGGGGGAUGUUACCCUCCUCCCUCUCUCUACCUGACUCUCACGGAGAGCAGCAUGUUGUGCACAGUUCUUCAAUAAACAUUGUCACGAGAUUGAUGACUGAAGAGAUAAACGUCUGAACGUCUGUUCAUCCCUUAGAAUUAUUAUUCCGCUGUGCAAGGUAGGCAGUAGGAAUAAGCCUACCUGCUAACACUGUGUG